CCAUGAAUUGACUUUUUGACACCAAAACACCGCUCCUGCAAACAUUUUGUUCCAUAAAUUCAAUUUUUAAUUUUGUUUUUUAUAACUAUGCCUAAAUUAGUAGAUUUACGACAAGAUCGCAAAUUGAUUCGUCCCAAUUUCGAUGGAUACAAACUGUCCCUGGAUAGUGUGCCAAUUAUACGCCAAGAUCUAGUCGUUCCUCCACUUCGGGCAAUACCAUCAGACGAUCAGUAUUCCUACCUCCAUGCGGAGUUGUUUUCGUUACAGAAUCUUAUAAUUUCUGAUCCCUGGGAUCGUGUAUCUUCGUACUUCGUGAACACACAACAUGAAGUAAUCAGGUGUUCGUAUGAUGUGACUGUAGGGAGACCAAAGCUUAUACAACCCGUCUUUAGAAUACCCAUAGUCGAUCAAUGUGUCAGUGGCGACUAUAAUUGCUCCAUUAAGUUGGUUUCAGAGAAAUUUGCCAUCUUGUGUGAUGGCAUCCAGCAAGUGUACAUCCUAGACACUGGUGACCGUUCCAAAGGAACUGAGUGGAAGAAAAUCUCUUCCUUCACCAUCUCCAAUGACCUACGAAACUUUUCUAUAUUUGACAGUCGAUUGGAUAUGGUAAAUGGCAAUAAAGUUAUUAGUUGUGCUCUAGUAAGGAUUGCCCGUGAUGCAUCGUCACAUUCCCUGCACAUGCACUGGGCUACUCUGAAGCAGAAAGAAAAAGAUCCAUGGACUUUUGAAAUUCACGAUGUCAUAGAAGGCAAAGGUUCACUAUACUAUUGUGCCUUUGAGCCCAAAGCCGAGUGCAUAAUCAUGUCAUCCAAUCGUCCACUGAAAUUCCAGUCGGCAAAUUCUUCAACUGACAUUGAAGCACCGCCUAAAGAUCAUAACGCAGUUCCAAUCCAUUCGUUCACAUGGACACAAACAGAUGACGACAUUACUGUUAAUAUCAAUUCUGAAACUGACGAAGCAGACUUUAAGAUUAAAACGUUAAAAAACCGGCUAAAAGUCGAAUGCAAUGGAACCUGUUUGAUAGACAAAGAACUGUAUGCUUUGAUAGAUGAGUCACUUACAACCUGGACUACGAAAGACAAGAUCUUACAAAUCACGCUUGUUAAGGAGAACUCGUCUGUGGUUUGGCCUUACCUGAUUGAAGGUGGACCACAAGAAACCCUGGAAAACAAUGAUACGAGCUUUCCUUUAGAAAACCAACCAAUUCCAAAUUUGGAAGCACCAAUUGAGGAUUGUGAUUUUCCAAUGGGAACACAAGAUAAUGAAAUUAAAAUUGAACGUCUUGAUCUGCAAUUGAAAAAUGCAACGCACCAAAUUCUCUUGGACAAUAGUCCACCGUUGUUCUCGACAAACUUACGGCCAGGUUUUCCACCAGCCAUAGCAACCCGUCAAGACGUAGACGCUUGUCUCUGGCUACAACAAUACAAUUCCAACAAGACUGGCGAAUGGGGAUUUCGACAUGAGGGUAAUUUACAUGCAUUUGGCUAUGUUCAAGCAUCGAAACAACAAAAAAAAUUCAUGGAUUGUGCCCCCGAUUUGAGUUAUGCAGUCAUUUGUGAAUCACAUCGUCAUGUUUUUCUUUAUAAAUCGAACAAUGACAGUGCCGAUGGUUUGAGGAAUCGCUGCGGGUCACAAGUGAGUUUGGGAAAACAGCAUUUGAUAACAUUAGAAGAUGCCGGCGAGGUUUUGGGCAUUGCGACGCAUAGUGGUGUUAUUACAUUGUUAACUGACAAAUGUGUUCUAUUUUUGCAAAUAAACUAAUAAGUCAUCA